CCAAAAAACGUAGUCCGUAGUAUGUGUUCAGCGGAGCCGUUAUUUGCGCGUGCGGGUUAGAAGACCCCCUGCGAAGCCCCAUGCGUUCUCUUUUUACUCUGCCCCUAACCCAAGAUGCCGGCGAAAUCAAAGAAGCAGCAAAAAAAGCAACUGAAGUUCACAGUUGACUGCACUCACCCUGUGGAAGAUGGAAUCAUGGAUGUGGCCAACUUUGAACAAUUUCUCCAUGACCGCAUCAAGGUGCAAGGAAAAACCAACAAUCUUGGUAGUGAGGUUACCAUUGAGAGGAUGAAAAACAAGUUAAAUGUCGUAUCUGAUAUUCCUUUCUCAAAAAGGUACCUCAAGUAUCUCACUAAGAAGUACUUGAAGAAGAACAAUCUGCGAGACUGGCUGCGUGUGGUUGCCGCUGAUCACACAUCAUAUGAGCUACGUUACUUCCAGAUCAGUAACGAGGAGGAGGACGAGGAAGCGGACGAGGAGUCUUAAGCCUCUUUGCCAUUUGUACACUUGUACUAGUGGAGUAUUAAACGAACCUCAACUUCAAA